AUGGCGUCUCCACACAUUCCUCCUGAAUUGCAUCAGGGUAUCUUAACAUGGCUUCCGGUGAAAUCCCUAAUGCGAUUCAAAUGCGUCUCCAAAACUUGGCUUUCCGUCAUCACCAACGACCCGUCCUUCACAGAAUCCUAUCGUGGUGGUUCAAGAGGGUUUCUACUCUCCGACCCCAAUUAUCUCCUCGACGCUGACAAUGUCUCUUUCUAUUUCCUUUCCCUCGACGACCAUGGCGGCGGCUCAGUUUCCGGAUCACUCCGUCACAACUCCGCCGUGGAUCACCGUCUCAAACACAGUACCCGUGACCUACCUCGACGCCCCGAGUCGGCGAAAGCAAGGAAUAUGACGAACGUUGUGAAUGGUUUGGUGUGUUUUUACAACGGGAGGCACACGUGGCUGCACAACAUCGCCACCAGGGAAAGCCUUAAACUUCGUAACGCCGCAUACGAAGAUCCCCGGAGACUGUGUGAGAUUCUGAGUAUCGGGGAGGGUUCGGCCUGGAGAAAUGUUGAUGAUCCAGGCCAACUUGGUAAAAGACAAUAUGGAGCAAUCCGAGGUAAUCGGGCCAGGUGGUCAGAAGAAGAUGGGCUUCUUUACUGGCCGAUGAGCCUGGAUCCCAACGUUUAUCGGCCGUUUUAUGUCCUUACUUUCGACGCUGUGGCGGAAAGAUUCCGAGUCAUUUCCUCACCAAGUCCCAAAAGUCGGGCCUGUUACUAUUACCAGCAAUGUCUACCCAAUUUUGGGCCUGUGGCGAUCAUGUUUCGGUUCCGGGGCCUUGACGGAUUGAAUCAGGGCUCGGAUCACAGGAAACAGGGUUUCACCACUCACCUGAGGGAUCACUUGAUGGAAUACUUCCAAAUGGAAAGGUCCUAA